AUGCCACCGACCCUCACCAUCAUGCAAGUCCGCCAAAUACCUCGUCUCCCACUCUCUGUUCCAACACAUGGGUCGCUGCCCUCCUAUACCAACAAACCAUCACUUUCGUGCCUCGAUCAAAGCCAAUUCAAACUCGACUGA